CACUAAAUCAAAAAUAAAAUAUACAACAAAACACACAAAAAAAAAAAUCAUUGCCCACACAAUUCAUAUGAACUGAAAAAAAAAAAAAUAUCAGAGAAAAAAAUUCAUUCAACUUUAAUGGCUGCUUCAAAAGGCUAUUUUUCCAAAUCAAACUACCGUUUCCUUUCUAACGGAAACCGUAACGUUUCCGUUACUUCUUCUGAUAUGGAGCUCAACGAAUCCGAUAUCUGGAACUCACCGUCGCAGUCACCGUCGCCGGCGCGUGGAUCAGCGCGUGCAUCUUCACCGGUUGCAGCAACGGCGCGUUGUUCAUACAGAAAACAACCGGUAAUAAAACCUCGAGUACCGUCUUCAGUACCGGUAAACGUACCGGACUGGUCGAAGAUAUUGAAGGACGAGUACAUUGAGAAUCAGUUCCGAAUAGACCACGAUGAUGAUGAUGAAAAUGACGUGGAAGAUAGAAUUCCACCACAUGAAUUUCUGGCAAAGCAAUUUGCCAGAAACAGAAUUGCCUCGUUUUCUGUGCAUGAAGGUGUUGGAAGGACACUUAAAGGUAGAGAUCUGAGUAGAGUAAGAAAUGCAAUCUUUGAAAAAACUGGAUUCCAAGAUUGAAACUGAAUUAAUUCGGUUCGGUUUGGUUUUUCGAUCUUCAUCGAUCUAACUUUGAGAAAAUACAAAUUCGUAUUUUCCUACUUUACAAAAAAAAAAAAAGGAUAUAUAUAUAUUUUUUUCUUUACUUGUUUUUGAUAUGUUUAAUCUUUUUCUUAUUGUUUUUGUUAUUUUUUUAUUUUUUUUAAAGAGUUUUAGGUGCAUGAAUUUUGAUUUAUCUGAGUAUUGUAAUUUACGUGAAAUGUGACGAGUGAAAAUGAAAGGAUGUAAUACUAAUAUAUACUAGUUGUAAUACUAGUAUAUUUCUACCUUUGUUUAUGUUAUGUUUUUUUUUUUUAAAGAGUUUUAGAUGCAUGAAUUUUGAUUAAUAUGAGUAUUGUAAUUUACUUGAAAUGUGACAAGUGAAAAUGAAUUUUGAUUAAUAUGAGUAUUGUAAUUUACUUGAAAUGUGACAGUGAAAAUGAACGGAUAGUAAUAUAUGCUAGUUGUAAUACUAGUGUAUUUCUCUUACUAGUAUAUUUCUCUUAUUGUUUAUGUUAUUUUUUUAUUUUUUUUAAAGAGUUUUAGGUGCAUGAAUUUUGAUUUAUCUGAGUAUUGUAAUUUACGUGAAAUGUGACGAGUGAAAAUGAAAGGAUGUAAUACUAAUAUAUACUAGUUGUAAUACUAGUAUAUUUCUACCUUUGUUUAUGUUAUGUUUUUAUUUUUUAAGAGUUU